ACAACCGCUCGGUUCCCUCCAGACAUCAUGGAUGUAAGAUUUUACCCGACAGCCGGUGGGAAUUCUAUUCCGGGAGAUCCACCUAACCUGGAUUUUGCCCACUGUUUGGGCUACUACAACUUCAAUAAGUUCCAAAACAACAACAACAACUACAUGAACAUGGCAGAGGCCAAUGGUGCCCUACUUGCUGCUGGUGAUACGUUCCACACGCCAAGUCUGGGUGACGAGGAGUUUGAGAUUCCUCCCAUUACGCCUCCACCUGAGACAGAGUCUGGUCUGUGCUUAUCGGAAGAGGACCCACCUUUUCCCGGAGUCCCGGGGCCCCUAGUCCAGCACAGGGGUCCCUUGACUCCACAGUUCCCCCCACAGAGCCUGGAUCUGCCCUCCAUCACCAUCUCACGCAACACAGUGGACCAGGAAGGAGGACUCAUCAACAGCGGCCUGCCUGUGAAUGUCGGAUCGGCCCAUCUUCGCCAGUACUCGCCCAACCCAGCCAUGGUGAUGAGAUCCAUCAUCAGCAUGAAUAACCACAACGGGAUGAUGUCGCGGAACCAGCUGACCACCAUCAAUCAGUCCCAACUCAAUGGGCAGCUGGGCCUAAACAUGACAGGACCCAAUAUCACCCAUACCUCACCAUCACCGCCUGCUAGCAAGUCCGCCACACCCUCUCCCUCCAGCUCCAUCAACGAAGAUGACCAGGAUGACGGCAACAGGGUCAUUGGAGAAAAGCGACCAGCCCCAAUCGAUCCAACAAAAAAGCCUAAGACCCCCAAGAAGAAGAAGAAGAAGGAUCCCAAUGAGCCUCAGAAGCCUGUGUCAGCUUAUGCCCUGUUCUUCAGAGACACACAGGCAGCUAUCAAAGGUCAAAAUCCCAACGCCACGUUUGGAGAGGUGUCUAAGAUUGUGGCCUCCAUGUGGGAUGGUCUGGGAGAGGAGCAGAAGCAGGUUUACAAAAGCAAAACAGAGGCUGCCAAAAAAGAGUACUUAAAAGCCCUUGCUGCAUACCGUGCAAGCCUGGUUUCCAAGGCUGCCGCAGAGUCAGCUGAGGCCCAGACCAUUCGCUCGGUGCAGCAGACCCUGGCUUCCACCAGCCUGUCCCCAGGCAUGGUGUUACAGUCACCCCUCAACCAGCAUCCUUCCAUGCCGUCGGCCGCCCAGGCCCUCCAACAGGCCCUGCCACGGGCCAUUGCCCCAAAACCUCUACAAAUGAGGCUGGGGGGCAGUCAGAUUGUGACAUCGGUCACAGUGGCACACCAGAACAUUCCCUCUGGGCUACCACAGCAGCUGCUUGGCCAGAUGGGUGCAGGAGGAGCCAUGGUGGCAGGAGCCCAGUCCACAGCGGUGUCUCAGAUGAGUCCGCCCAUGCAGCCAGUGCAGCAGCAUGCCCUGCAACAGAUCCAACAGCAACAGCAACAGCAACAGAUGCAGCAGCACCUUCAGCAGCAGCAGAUGCAGCAGCAGCAGAUGCAUCACCAACAGAUCCAGCAGCAGAUGCAGCAUCAACAUUUCCAACACCACCUCCAGCAGCACCUCCAACAGCAGCAGCAACAACAACAACAACAGCAGCAGCAACAACAACAGCAACAACAGCAACAACAACAACAACAACAGCAGCAGCAACAGCAGCCGCAACAACAACAGCAGUCUCAGUGUUCCCCACCCCAGCACUCCCCUGGUACACCCCAUUCAGUGGGGGGCUCUGCAUCUCUUGGCAGCCCCCAGCCCACUCCACAGCAGCAACCCCACCACUCCCAAAUCCAGGCCCAUGCCCAAGUCCUUUCCCAGGUCAGCAUCUACUGAGCCAAAAGGCAACCCCAUGUCAAAGAGCAGGAAUAGAAUAAAAAGCAUCAUUCCAUGUUGCUUUUUUAAGUUGCACUUAAGAAGUGUGUAAAAAUUAGAAUGUUAUACAAAGAAAUUGUCCAUUGUUAUAGACGGAUAUGCACACAUGUGUACAGUGGGUAAAAACUUUAGCUGGAUCGUUUGUCUAUGAAAUAGGCCGAGCUAUGAGGGAGGUUUGUGGGCAAGUGCCCAAUGAUUGUUUAUUUGUUUAUUGGUCUUGCAAUCAUCGAUUUAAAACAAACUCUGGGCACACGAUAUGUGGAAAGACUCAAGUCUUUCACCGUUUUAUUUAACAAUAAAGCUUUAUUUAUGAGGUCAAAUUUGUCAAUUCAGCCUAGCGAAUGGACAUUGUGAAUGCAUUUCAACAAAAAGCAUUUUCGUUCGGCUCUUGCCUCUCGCAGAGCGCACCUGUGCUAAUUGACUCACAGUAACAAUGCUGGAAACCAGUAUCCCACGCAUCAAUAUUUGUUCCCGCACUGGCAGGUAUGUUGGGAGACUCUCUUUACUUCAGUCUUUCUCUUUCACCCAUCAAUCCUGCAGAUAUAAUGGCCUUGGGGGGAAGAACGUAGAUGAAAUCAUCAUAUGUUUAAAGGCCAAGUGAUAUCUGAACUCACUCAACCCAUGUCAUAAAUGCAGACCAUGUCUUGAGGAAUAAGAGGAACUGCAUAAAAAAGACUGUGGAAUGUGUGGUUUUCUGGAUGAAGGACCGAGCAGACUGAGACAUAA